UUGCAUUUCCAUGUUCUGUGUACUGUGGGAGAGCGGAUAUAGUGAAUGCAGGGUUCGAGGAGACCAGAUAUAGUGAAUGCAGGGAGACCAGAUAUAGUGAAUGCAGGGAGACCAGAUAUAGUGAAUGCAGGGUCCGGGGAGACCGGAUAUAGUGAAUGCAGGGUCCAGGGGAAACCAGAUAUAGUGAAUGCAGGGUCCGGGGAGACCAGAUAUAGUGAAUGCAGGGUCCGGGGAAACCAGAUAUAGUGAAUGCAGGGUCCGGGGAGACCAGAUAUAGUGAAUGCAGGGUCCGGGGAGACCAGAUAUAGUGAAUGCAGGGUCCGAGGAGACCUGAUAUAGUGAAUGCAGGGUCCAGGGAGACCAGAUAUAGUGAAUGCAGAGUCCGGGGAGA